AUUCCCUAGCCCUGUAGACUGGAGGGGCAACCACAAGACCCAGUCAGAGGGACAGGAUGGAGGGGCCAGUGUUAACGCUGGGGCUGCUGAUUGUACUGGUUGUGUGUGGCAGCUGGGGCCUGAAUGAGGAGGAGCGGCUUAUUCGGUACCUGUUUGAAGAGAAAGGCUACAACAAGGAGCUCCGGCCUGUGGCACACCAAAGGGAGAGUGUGGACGUGUCGCUGGCCCUCACGCUCUCCAACCUCAUCUCCCUGAAAGAAGUUGAGGAGACCCUCACCACUAACGUGUGGAUUGAGCACGGCUGGACAGACAGCCGGCUGCAGUGGAAUGCUGAAGAAUUUGGAAAUAUCAGCGUCCUGCGCCUGCCCUCUGACAUGCUGUGGCUCCCAGAGAUUGUGCUGGAGAACAACAAUGACGGCUCCUUCCAGAUUUCCUACUCCUGCAACGUGCUCAUCUACCCCUCGGGCUAUGUGUACUGGCUGCCACCCGCCAUCUUCCGCUCUUCCUGCCCCAUCUCCGUCACCUACUUCCCCUUCGACUGGCAGAACUGCUCCCUCAAGUUCAGUUCCCUCAAGUACACAGCCAAGGAGAUCACCCUGAGUCUGAAGCAGGAGGAAGAAGAGGGCCGCUUCUAUCCCGUGGAAUGGAUCAUCAUCGACCCUGAGGGCUUCACAGAGAACGGGGAAUGGGAGAUAGUGCACCGGCCAGCCAGGAUCAACGUGGACCCCAGCGUCCCACUGGACACUCCUGGCCACCAGGACGUCACCUUCUACCUCAUCAUCCGCCGCAAGCCGCUCUUCUACAUCAUCAACAUCCUGGUGCCCUGCGUGCUCAUCUCCUUCAUGAUCAACCUGGUCUUCUACCUGCCGGCUGACUGUGGCGAGAAGACGUCAAUGGCCAUCUCAGUGCUCCUGGCUCAGUCUGUCUUCCUGCUGCUCAUCUCCAAGCGGCUGCCCGCCACGUCCAUGGCCAUCCCCCUCAUCGGCAAGUUCCUGCUCUUCGGCAUGGUGCUGGUGACCAUGGUCGUGGUGAUCUGUGUCAUCGUACUCAACAUUCACUUUCGCACACCCAGCACCCACGUGCUGUCCGAGGGGGUCAAGAAGCUCUUCCUGGAGACCCUGCCCGAACUCCUACACAUGUCCCGCCCAGCCGAGGAUGGGCCCAGCCCAGGGGCUCUCGUCCGGAGGAGCAGCUCCCUGGGCUACAUUUCUAAGGCCGAGGAGUACUUCUUGCUCAAGUCCCGAAGUGACCUCAUGUUUGAGAAGCAGUCUGAGCGGCAUGGGCUGGCCCGGCGCCUCACCACUUCACGCCCGCCCCCAGCAGGCUCUGAGCAAGCCCAGCAGGAGCUCUUCAGUGAGCUGAAGCCAGCCGUGGAUGGGGCCAACUUCAUCGUCGGCCACAUGAGGGACCAGAACAAUUACAACGAGGAGAAGGACUGCUGGAACCGAGUGGCCCGCACAGUGGACCGACUCUGCCUGUUUGUGGUGACACCAAUCAUGGUUGUGGGCACGGCCUGGAUCUUCCUUCAGGGCGCCUACAACCAGCCUCCACCUCAGCCCUUCCCCGGGGACCCCUUCUCCUACCACGAGCAGGACAAGCGCUUCAUCUAGAACAGCUGGAUCUCUCACUUUGGGGAAGCCAGCUGUCAUGGGGAGCAGUCCUGUGGAGAGGCCCACCUGGCAAGGACCGGAAGCCCUCUGCCUGCAGCCCCAUGAGUGAGCUUGGAAGCAGAUCCUCCAGCCCCGGUGGGGCCUUCAGAUGAGAUCAUGACCCUGGUCAACAUCUUGGGUGCAGCCCCAUGAGUUCUUGAGCCAGAGCCACCCAGCUAAGCUGCUCCUGGAUUCCUGACCCUCAGAAACUGCAUGGGAUAGCAUAUGUUUGUUGCUUUAAGAGACAAAGUUGUGGGGUGCUUUGUUACACCAGAGGGUGAUCUGGGGUGAACCACUGUCAUCUCUUAGGUUCUGUUUUCUCAUCAACCAAAUGUGUAAGUCCCGUUUGUGAGGUGUUGUGAAAAUCGAAUGUGCUAGUUGGCAUAAAG